UCUAAACAUCUUUUUAAAUGAACUGUCAUUUUAAGUGAGAGGUAUUGGUAUUGUUAAAUCUCCUCCCGUUUUAUAGUCAUUUCUCUAAAGACAUUUAAUAAGAGUUUAUGGGCUUCAUCAGCAGCUGCUGUUUCUUCAGUUUCUUUUUGUCACUAUGAGACCAGUCAACAGUUAAUUCCAGCAACAGAGCAAAGGAAACCACUGCCUGCUGGAGUCUCAGCGCUGGAUGUACCUUCUCUGUGUGUGAUCACGAACAAAGAAUCCAAGUAAAUGAGCAGAAACUAAGAGACAAGAUGGACCUGUGGUUGCUUUCUGUCAAGCUGUUUCUAUGUUAUUUAUUGAAUCACGUGCUCGGAAAGCAAGAACCAAACAACUGUCACCUGACCAGUGUGCAGUCAUGCCAGGAGUGCAUACAGGCUGGUCCACACUGUGGGUGGUGCACAAAAGAGGACUUCCUACAAGAAGGACAGGUGGUGUCUGACCGCUGUGGUAAAAUAGCCACUUUGAUUGAUAAAGGCUGCCCUGCACACCUGAUUGAGAACCCAAGGGGCAGUAAGGUUCUGCUUCUCAAUAACGAGACCACAAGCCGUGGUAGGGGACAGAGGGAGAAGCUGGAUGAAAUAACACAGCUGCAGCCACAGAAGCUGGUCCUCAGCCUGCGGAUAGGUGAACCCCAGACCUUUGAACUGAAGUUCAAAAGAGCAGAGGACUACCCCAUUGAUCUUUACUAUCUCAUGGACCUGUCCUUUUCCAUGGAAGAUGACUUGAUGAAUAUAAAAAGGCUAGGAACUGAUCUAAUGAGAGAAAUGAAGAACAUCACUGAUGAUUUUAGAAUAGGCUUUGGUUCUUUUGUGGAUAAAACUGUGUUGCCUUAUAUAAAUACUGUACCAGAAAAGCUGAAGAACCCCUGCCACAGACACCACCCUUGCACAACCCCCUUCAGCUAUAAAAAUGUGCUUAGCCUAACCAAGAAUGGGAGUUUGUUUAAUGAACUCGUAGGAAAUCAGCAGAUUUCAGCCAACCUGGAUCCUCCCGAGGGGGGUCUUGAUGCUCUCAUGCAGUCUGCAGUCUGCACAGAGCAUAUUGGCUGGCGAAAUGUCACCCGAUUGUUGGUGUUCUCCACUGAUGCGGGAUUCCACUUUGCUGGAGAUGGGAAACUGGGUGGAAUAGUUCUGCCAAAUGAUGGAAAGUGCCAUCUGGAAAACGGCAUGUACACCAUGAGUCAUUACUACGAUUAUCCUUCCAUUGCUCAUAUCGCACAAACGCUAAGUGAGAACAACAUUCAGACCAUAUUUGCUGUCACUGCAGAUGUUCUGCAUUUAUAUGAGGGUUUAAAGCAUCUUAUUCCAAAGUCUGCUGUUGGAACUCUCUCAGACAAUUCCAAUAAUGUGCUUCAAUUAAUCAUUGACGCCUACUAUGCGCUAUCAUCAGAAAUCAUUAUGGAAAACAGCAAGCUACCAGAGGGAUUCAAGAUCAAUUACACCACGUUCUGCAAGGACAACAUCUUUCGUUCUGGAAAGGAGGGGCAGAGCUGCUCUAACAUCUCCAUCGGCGAUGAGGUAAAAUUCAACAUAAGUGUUACUACAGAAAAGUGUCUGAAAGAUGCAGAUGAGUUCCGGAUCACAGUCAAACCUCAAGGUUUCAGCGAGGAGGUGGAGGUUAUCCUGAGAUUAAUUUGUCAGUGUGAAUGUGAAAAGGACAGAAUCCCUGACAGCCCACAAUGUACCAAUGGCAGUGGAGCACUGGAAUGUGGAGUGUGCAGGUGUAAUAAAGGUCAUAUCGGUAGACUGUGUGAAUGUGACAUUAAUGAAGGAGACCCAGUAGACAUGGUAGAUUUCUGCAGGGUAGGAAACAGCUCUGAAAUCUGCAGUAACAAUGGGGAGUGUGUCUGCGGGGAAUGCAUUUGCCACAAGAACAAGAACCCAGCCCAUUUCUAUUCAGGAAAAUACUGUGAAUGCGACAACCUCAGAUGUGACCAGUACAAGGGAUUGCGGUGUGCAGGAAAUGGAAUCUGUGAGUGUGGUGUGUGUAAAUGCGUCCCAGGAUUCACUGGCAGUGCCUGCGACUGCCCUUUAGAUACUGUGGCAUGCAUGGCAACAAACGGACAAAUCUGUAAUGGAAAAGGAAGCUGCGAAUGCGGCCGUUGUACCUGCACAAACAGCAGCUUCCAAGGAGCAACCUGCGAGAUAUGCCCAACCUGCCCAGAUGUGUGCACUGUGCACAAGGCGUGUGUCCUCUGCAGGGUCUUCAAUAAGGGUAAAACCAAUGAAGAGUGUGACAGGGACUGUAUUUAUUUCAACCUCACACUGGUGGAGGACCCCAGGGAGCUGCCACAGGCAGGCCAGAGCGACAGCACUCACAUGUGCAAAGAGAAAGACCGAGAUGAGUGCUGGGUCCACUUUGUAUAUGAUGGUCACGACAGAGGCGAUCAAGUCCAUGUUCAUGCAGUGAGAAACGCAGAGUGUCCUUCAGGACCGGAUGCUGUUCUAAUUAUUACAGCAACGGCUGGUUCUAUUGUUGCCGUAGGGAUUGCUGUACUAAUCAUAUGGAAACUAGUCACAAUCAUCCAUGAUAAAAGAGAAUUUGACAAAUUCCAGAAAGAGCAGAUGAAAGCCAAGUGGGAUAUGGACGAUAAUCCCAUCUACAAAAGCGCUGUUACAACUGUGAUCAAUCCCAAAUUCAAGGAGAGCUGAUGGGAAAAUUUUACAUUUUCGAAGCACCUUAAAACAAUGAUGUAUAGAAAAGAUUCAUCUUUUGAGCUUGUGAUGCAAACUAAGGUAUAACUAGGGUGGACAACAUGAAAUCAUCCUCUCGGCAAGGCAUUAGUCAUCCUCUUGGGAUCCAGUUGUUGUUUUGUUUUCCGUUUCCAUUAAAUCCAUGAAACUUAUUUUUAAAACGUUUGAGUUUAGCAUGAUUCAUGGCAGUAUGUUCUCCAUGAAAGACCACUGAUCCACAAAGUACCAAAAUCAGCACACAAGCUGUAUUUAUGUAAUUUGACAGAAAAUUAAUUAAACAGAAAAUUUAAAUACCAGGUAGAUGCUGCCAGUUAAAAAUGCUCCAAAACAUUACACAUGAGGACAAUGGCACUUAAUGGGUUAAAACGUGCUUCUCAUUCAUUUCCAACGGGGGGUUUGCACGAUCAAUGUCAGACUAAAGGUAAGAGAGUGAGACUAUUCUGAUUGUUAGUCUCACCCUCAAUGCCUGUGCAAACUAGCCUGUAAUGAAACCCCUCAACAUUCAAAGACAAAUGUCUUGCCAUUCACCUAAACUACACUCUGCAGUAGUGCACAGGCAAGUGCGUUUUAUGCAGAUCUCAGUGUUACUAACUCCCCUUAAUCACAGGGUAGUGAUCUCUCAUGUAUAAAGACCUCUUUAACAAUCUGUUUUCUAUCUGUUUGAUCAUGUAUUACCCUUCCUGGCUACCACAUGGUUAAUUGAAAACCUCGCUGAACAUUCAAGGAGAUACUCACAAGAUGCUGCUGUUGUUAAAAUCAUUUCCUCUUCUGCGCUUUCCCUUGAGCGGGGACUUCCAGAAUCCUCAUCUUGCAGUCCCCUGAUGUUCCUCUUUUAAUACAAUGCUUUUGUAGGAAACCCCCUUUGAGAUUAAACAGCUCAUCUGAAGGAUGUCCUGCUCACUCUCAUGAUCACUUAAUUGAUUCGACAAGAUUGUACAACAGUGACAGAGGCACACUGAAUUAAGCAACUGAACGCGUUUGGUAGUUGGGAUGAGGGAGCUCAGCAUACAGACAAGGUCAAACUACAAAGGUCAUGUCGGAUAAUCAAGGCUUUAUUGCAAUUAGAAACUACUGAACAGUGCCCAUUAUUUCCAACUAUUUAAACACUUACAUUACAGAUUAACGUUUCUAUAUAUUUUGCCAUUAGUUUUAUAUGUUCAACAUGUGGACAUACCACCUUAUUGAAAAUAUGUUUAUAAUAUAUGAUACCAGACUACACCCCUUUGGGAACUUCACCCAAAGACAUUUUUCAAUUGAGAUACAAUGGGAUUGCCAAGUCUUUCUCUUCUCUGGAGAUGUACCGUGUGUAAUUGGUUGCUGCUUGUAAAUGUGUGAUUUGUAAAUGGUUAUAAACCCUACUUCUUGUGUUCACUUAUCCAUCAAGCAACCAAAAAGCUAUUAUCAAAUGAAAUGUGGGACAGUCACCUCUCAAGCAGCAUUGUUUUGCUCCUAGACAUCUUUCGACAACUAAACAUGCAUUUCUUCCCAUUUGAAAACCUACACAAACUGUGCGCUUGUCUUUUUUUUAUGUCAUUUAUUUUUGUGUCCAAAAUGUGAAUAAAAAAUAGAGCACUGUAAAUGUUUUACAUACAUAUAGAAAAUUAAGUUACAUUUCUAUUACUGCUAUCAGUACUAUUUCAUUAUUAUAGCUUGGUUCAGUUUACAGAUCAAUUUGGGCGACUGGGGUUUGGAUUUGCAGGACACUGUGACAUUCGUUUGUGCGAAAAGAUGUCCACCCAUCAGUUAAAUAGUCAAACCUGCUUAAUAUCACUCUGGUUAAUAUCAUACCACGCUUAUUAUCACAUUGAAAUGUCCCGACCACAAUAUAAUGGGAGUCAAUGGAAACAAGCUCCUGAUAAUGUCGCUUUGUUUAACGUCACACUCUGCUUAAUAUGAAGGAAAUCUAACAGUCCCGCAAUUGAUUUCAAUUCCACUCACUAUCACUUCAAAAUGCUGCAUCAGCUGUCCUGUAUUAUCAACACGUUCUGUAUACACUGUACUCAACAGCCUUGUGUUCACAUGAUCACACAGCUUGACUCGUGGAGAUCACAAGUAUGUGUUCAGUGUUUUUUGAUCAAUGCAUAUUAAAAUGAAAAGGUCUUGGAAACUAAAAGAUUUAAACAUAGCUAUCCAAGAAAGAAAAAAUAACCUCUCACUUACAAACUUUCUUAUCACUCGUCUACAAUCUCAAAGACUCUUAAAAACAGGCAUGCAAUUAUGAGAGCCUAUCACAACUCUCAAAUGGCUUCUACUUUGAAAAGAAUCUGCACAGGGAAGCACGAGGACUCAGAGAACUUGUUACCUUGGUUUAGAUGUGCAUGUGGUGCUUGGUUCGUUCUGUUAUUGAUGAAUACCUGAUCAAGUCACUGCUUAUUGACACUUGGUCCCUUUGAAGUGAUACAAACAGGUUUGACUGUAACUGCCAGCUCAAACAACAAAUGCACUAGAGUGUUGAUGGAUCGUUUCUACUGUCUACAAAACUGUCAAUAGUAUAAGCAAAUAUAAUACCCCUUAUCAGUAGGAGUAAGUAUUGGGUUCUUAUGUUUUUACACUCAAUCUUAAACUAUGAAGACCUUAAUUUUAGAUAGCUUCCUAUACCCAGUUCUACCCAUUGUAGUUUUAAGACAGCCAGCAGCCUCAUCCUUCUAUUUUAUAGGUAGUUAGCACUUCUGUUAGCAGUAACAUGUUCACCUGCCAUUGCUUUGUGAGACAGCAAGUUCAGCAAGAAGCUGAGCAAUUUAAGAUGUGCAAAUCCUAUGUAAACACACUCCCAUUGUAAGGUUACAUAGCGUUUAACCUUCUGCUUUCAAGCUUGCUUGAAGUAAUACCACAGACACAAAACUUGUUUGUUCUUUAGGUCUUUCCAUAUCCUGAAAAUCAGAACUCAGAAAGUGGUAAUCAUUGGUAAUCAUUGCAUGCACAUGUUAAAAUUUACUACAGCAAUCAAUGUACUGCAAAAGCAAAGCAAAGCCAAUCAGUGUGCUGCAGUAUUAUAGAUGCUUAAACAAGGGCUGUCAAACAUCCUCAAAACAACUACACUUCGUUUCACAGACCCUGAACAGCUCCCAUCUUGGACUACUUUACCUAAGGAAACAUAAGGUCAUCCAAGAUAUUAAUCCUGGUCUGCAAGAGUUCUGUUUAUCCCAAACUCAUUGCUUUGGAAUUCCCUCUGACAAGCCAACUAUAACAGACCUGUGUGUUGUUUUAAAAAGGAAUUUGUUUUCAGACAAAUAUGAAAGGGUAAGGGUUUUGCUUAAAGAGUUACUUUAUAUCAUCUACAUAUCCUGUUGUGUGCGUUCUGUGUGAUUCUCUCCCACCUCUAAAUAAAGCAAAUACUGCAGUAGGAUAGUAAGCAGGUAAAAGCUUACACAUGAGUAAAAUGCAAAUGAUAAAAAGUAUCUGUACCAGUAAAUAAAGUAAGGGUUAAACAACAUCGUGUCCUGUGAAUGCGAGUGUGUUGUUACUGGCUUAAAGAAUGGAAUCUGCAGUGUUCCUUCCUUUCUGCAUCUCUUUUAAUACCUGCUGUCUUUCAGGGUGGCAAGCGAUAACUGAGAUAACAACGAGUUCGGAAAGAUAGAUGAUAUCUGAAAAUAAAUGAAUACAUACAAGUUUAUUGCAAAGAAUACUUCAAUACUGCUGAAAUAGUAAUAGCAACUCUUCGCUGAUCCAUAAAAGCUUGAUCAACAUUAAACUAAUAAGAUUUAAGGGCAAUAUGUCUGCAAA